AUGGGUGUAUUUGUUCUGUAAUCUGCACUCAGGUGGAGACCAAUCAAAGUUAUUUUUGGACCUGAAGAAGUGAAACUGAAGACUGCCGUCGAGGUGCACUGUGAUGUGGUGAUGGUGUAUGAACAGAUCUCGUGAACGGGACGGAUGAGAGUCUAAGCGCUGCGCUUUCCAUUCACCAUCAGACUACUAAGCCAAAAUAAGGAUCGGACCUGGAUUUAUUUUUCUCUUGUCUGUAUUUGAAUGAGGUCUAGAGAACCAGACUGGAUUCAGUGUCCGGAUCUCAUCAGAUUCCCCCCCGGCGGAUCACAUGUGCGUUGAGCGACGCAUCGGAGCAUCGGCGGGGUUCGAGAGUAUCGAGUUUUAUACAUUUGGUGUGAGUUUGGAUCGGGUGGCAGAUAAGACGCGGAGUGGACUGUGAUGGUGGAUUUCUCCAGCGGUUUCACUUUUAGACACACACGCACGUUGCUGAAGGAUCAUUUAUCUACCGACGGUUCCUUGCUGAGGUGUUGCUUUGAGAUAUCACACAUACGCCAGACUGCGCCAGUCUGAAGAGACCCUGCGACUGCAUUCGUUUAUUUGACUUCUCUCUCGCCACCCACCCAUCUGGAUUCUUUCCCUGCCCUCCCCAUCUUCAUCUGUCUCUCCUGUGACAUCAUGUGGAGUGUUAGUAAGUUUCUUUCUUUGGUUAGUGUGUUUCAUACGCUUCCCUGGGCCUACGGCCAUAGCCCAAACCCGUUCUCUGGCCCGCAAGCGACACAAACGGACCCCUGUUAUGAUGAGACGGGUGCCCCCCGUCGCUGCAUCCCAGAAUUCAUCAAUGCUGCGUUCGGGCAGGAGGUCGGCGUUUCCAGUGUAUGUGGCCGACCUCCGUCUCGCUCCUGCAGUCUGGUAGAACGCGAGGACCGGCCCGCCGUCCGUACGUGCCAGGUCUGCGACGCGUCUGAUCCUCGUAAUGCCCACCCUGCCUCCUACCUCACUGACCUCAACUCCGCCCACAACCUCACCUGCUGGCAGUCCGAGAACCUGCAGGGUUCACCGUUUAACGUCACCCUGACGUUGUCGCUCGGCAAGAAGUUCGAGAUUACCUACGUCAGCCUCCAGUUCUGUUCGCCGCGACCCGAGUCCCUGGCCAUCUAUAAGAGCAUGGACUACGGGCGAACCUGGACUCCUUAUCAGUUCUACUCCUCACAAUGCCGUCGUAUGUACAAUCGGCCAAACAAAGCCACAAUCACAAAGCAGAACGAACAGGAGGCGUUGUGCACGGACGGACACACCGACGUCUACCCCCUUUCCGGCGGCCUCAUUGCGUUCAGCACGCUGGACGGACGUCCGUCAGGGAAGGAUUUCGACUCUAGUCCCGUACUGCAAGACUGGGUUACGGUCACUGACAUCCGAGUGGUCUUCAGUCGCCCGCAGCACCCUAGAGCGCUGCCCAUGUCUGGACGUGAGAGCGAGGAUGCGGCCGUGGCCCCAGGAGCCAUGCCGGCGUAUUAUUACGCUGUAAGCGACUUCCAGGUUGGUGGGAGGUGUAAAUGCAACGGCCACGGCUCCAAGUGUGUCAAAGAGAAAGACGGAAAAUUGGUUUGUGACUGCAAGCAUAACACGGAGGGGCCAGAGUGUGACCGAUGCAAACCGUUUCACUACGAUCGACCGUGGCAGCGUGCUACAGCGAAAGAAGCCAACGAGUGUUUAGCGUGUAACUGUAAUCUGCACGCACGUCGCUGUCGCUUCAAUAUGGAGUUGUAUAAACUGUCGGGCCGUAAGAGCGGAGGAGUGUGUAUGAACUGCAGACACAACACGGCCGGACGACACUGUCAUUACUGUAAAGAAGGUUUCUACAGAGAUAUGAGCAAACCCAUCACACAUCGCAGAGCCUGCAAAGCAUGUGACUGCCAUCCGGUGGGAGCUGCAGGUAAAACGUGUAACCAGACAACAGGUCAGUGUCCUUGUAAAGACGGGGUAACCGGCAUUACCUGCAACCGCUGUGCUAAAGGCUAUCAGCAGAGUCGAUCGCCCGUCGCCCCGUGCAUUAAAGUCCCUGUUAUAAAGCCAACAACUGCCAUCAGCACUACAGAAGAACCUGCUGAUUGUGAUUCGUACUGCAAGCCACUAAAGGGAAAUCUCAAGAUCAACAUGAAGAAAUACUGCAAAAAGGAUUAUGCCGUCCAGGUCAGCGUGUUGGACAUGGAGACGGUCGGCGACUGGGCCAAAUUUACCGUCAGCCUGGCGUCUGUAUACAAAAGCCGCGGCGAGCCACUGAAGAGAGGCGAUAACCUGCUGUGGGUUCAUAUGAAGGAUCUGGCCUGCAAAUGUCCACGCAUACACAUGGGAAAGAGAUUCCUCAUCCUGGGCACUGUCGAGGGCGCCGCGAGCCCCGAACGCCCGGGACUGCUGGCGGAUAAAAACAGUCUGGUCAUUCAAUGGAGGGACAUUUGGACUCGACGACUGCGCAAGUUCCAGCGCAAGGAGAAGAAAGGCAAGUGCAGCAAAGCAUGAUGGGAUUGCAGGGAACUCUAUAACAUUGACCACUGUCCUGUGUACGCGGGAGACUGCGGCGAUGGGCCGCGCGUGUGCGAAACCGAACUCCUGAGCAUCGUCUGUCUGUCCGUACCCUGUGUGUUAUUUUUGAUGUAUCGUCCUGUUGGUCAGCCUUCUAAAGGGACCGAUAAAAAGACUGUUUAUAAUCGCAGACCACUGAAUCCCACGGUUUAUAUGAGCUGAGCACAGACACACAAACUCUCCAUUAACUCUUAAACACACACUUUAAGUAUGAAAUGCGUCCUCCUCACGUUAUGGAGCGAUUCUGCCUGCAUCUGGUUUGAUUCUUCCCUCUCGCUUUUGUCAGCUAUAAAAAUCAAAAGAUCUGAAACCGGUGCUUACCGCAUGAUGCUCGGUCCAAGUGUGAAAACCUCAAAAUCUUCAUUGUUGUCUUUAUCAUCAUUGUUCAGAUCCGGAUCAUUUCACAUACUGGAUGAGGGAUUUAUUAGGUGUUUUCAUUGUUGUGUGCCGUGUCUCGUGUGUGGACUUUACGACUGAAAGUGUUGAUUAACAAUUUUGAGCCCAUACUGUAAACAGAAACGCCUGGCUGAUGUUUGGCAAGACAAUAUUGACGGUUCAAAUAUCAAAUCCAACUUUAUAUUCAUCGUUUCCAUCUGCGUGGCUGUACAGUAUGUUACCGUGAGCUCAAUACGGUAAUUACUGUAAUAUGAAGGACUGCAUCAUUUCCUAUGGAUGAAACUGAUUAUAAACCAUCAGGCUUUACAUCUAAAUGUAUUUCAAUACAAAAGUUGUGUGUGAAUAUGUGUGACUGAUAGACUCAGAAUUGUUAAGGUUUUGUUUCCUUCACAUGUCAGUGUUUGCUUUUUGUUAGCACUAACUUGAGAAUUAACUACUAACAUGAGGAGUAGUGUUAUAUGUUUUUAUAUUUUUACCAAUAUCCAUACGGUAGAUACUCUACAGUCGCAGGCACACACCGACCUCAAAAAUGAUGCCCACAGUGAUGUGACAAAUAUACAGAAAUCAUCUUCACACAGUUUUUAGAUGUUAAAUGUGUUGUAUUUUCUUCCAUGUCUAUUUCUGAUCUAGCCACUUAUACAUUCAAAUCCCAGCAUGCCGCACUCACAGCGAAAUUAUGAUGUAUAUUAUAUUUCUGAUUAUACAACAGUUCCAGUCCUUCAAUGUGAUUGGACGAGAGAGACCCAUGACUGUUUUUAUUACUGCAAAACUGACCUGUGACUGAAUCAUGGCCGUGAUGAUGAUACUGUAUAUGGCAGUGACAUGAUAUGGCUUCAGUAAGGUCCUGUACCCUGUAGUUCCUGUAAUUAAAUGUAGUAUGAGGUCCUAAAGCAUUUAAUAUUAGCUGCGUCCCAAUUCAACGGCAAGGACAUGGUCUUCGAAGGACAUGAAGUGAAUUGAAAUGAGACGAUCUAGCCUGCGAUGGUCCACGGUAGGACACAGCAGAGACAUUUCUGACUUAUUAUUAAAAGAAAAAAGAAAACAGGAAAAUGUUUUAUCUUAUUUAAGCAAAUAUGACACGUUGAUGUAGAUUUGUAUAUCAAUAUUAACACAAAACAUCAUUUAUAAUAUUAACUCUUAUCUGGUGCUGUCCCGUGAGUGGGACACCUGAGUUUGCUUCAAUAUUUUGCAUAUAAUUUUUUAUCUAUCACAAAAACACUAUAUAUCAUUGGAAAGGUUUAAGAAUGUAGUUUUCGUAUUUCAAAACAUUUUAGCAGUAAUAAUAAUCCAGUGACAGUAAUUUAUUAAUUUGUGACAGGAGUAUGCAGCAAACAUUGACACCUAGUGGUCGUUGUUGGUAAAACCACUAAAAGUGUGACAAAAAAAUUCAUUUUUUGUAUGAAAUAUAUACUUUAUUGAAUUAUUUUUAUUUAUUACAAUAAAUAUAAACUGUUAUAACAAUUUUUAUUCAAUAUUUUCACCUCCAGACUUCCAUGAAAAACGUUUCUUCUUUAAAACAAGACUAGGCUUCUAGACCAAAAAAGGCCAGAGUAAUAAUAAUUUAAAGGUGUACAUCACAUUUUCACCCCCCCCCCCCCACACACUGGAAAAGGGCUUCGCCAGUUAAGGGGUUAAAACAGGCACGGAAUGAAUCUUAGGAUAGCCGAGGUAUCCAUUGGAUUUAUCCUUUACGGCUCGAGGAAAGAGGGACACAUUUUGAGGCAUUUGGUCAGCCUUCGGUCGAGCUGCUGUGACGGCAGUUGUCUUAGGAUGCAUCCUUUAAAUUGGGACGCAGCUUUAGACUAGAGUAAAUUGUGUGAGAUACCGUAUCCCACAAUGCAUUGCUCUCAACUUGAUGAACCUGACUGAAGUGUAGAUUCAUCAGACUGUAGAUUAUUUUUCUAUUUGUGUGACUGCUUGUAUGGAUGUAUUUUCGUUCAAAGUUGUGUGCAAACGUUUCAGCACCCCUGGUCUUAUUCCAUGUUCGGUUGAUCCAGUUUGGCAAAAACAUAUCGUUGUCAUCCCAGUCAAGCAAGCAUUACAUAAACUUUGAAGAAAUCAAACAGGCACUAAAACUCAAAACGCGUGUUGACGUCUAUUCGUUUUUUUUAGUGAAUCAACUCAAUAUUUCAUUUAACCCGGGUGUGUAACAUUUACACACAAAUGUAUAUUUACAUAUUUGUGUAUGAAUGUAUAAAUGUGUGUAUAUUCACAUGCAUUAGACUGAUCAUGUGGUGUGUUUAUUUUUUUUGUGUGUAUAUUGACGUGCAUUUGUAUGAGUGUACAUAGGUGAGUAAAUAUAAAAAAUGGAUCUGCCUGAGAGAUAUUCAUCCACCUAUCCGGGAGGGUUUAUCUGCUUUUGUUUCUCUGUUUUACUGCAAUGACCACUGAAUUAAUCAAAUAUACAAAAUAAAUUAUUAGUUGCUGUA